AUGCCGGCCAGAAUGCAGCCCCUUAUCAGAUGUAACGGGAGGAUUUUCCUGGCUAUUUGUUUAAUCCUCUUUGUGGGAUACACAGCACAAGGUGCUCCGAUGCAGAAGGCAAGGUACAAGAGAGUGAGAUGCCGACCUGACGCCUGGUCCACUAACUGCAUCGAAGAGAAGGGGCCCUGGUUUUACAUGCCCACCGGCGGAGCCAACAGGAUCCUUCCUCCCAUGGCAGACCCAUCCCUGAUGAAGAGAUACCAGGAGCUGGGCAACGUAUUCCCACUCUCGGAUGAGGAGUCCGGCUCUGGGUCUGAUGCCACGGUGGAAGUGGAGCCAGCCUCCGGCUCGGGGCUCGGUGACGGCGAUGGCUUCUCUGAGGCGAAGCUGCCCGUCUUCCUAGCGGGCCUGCGAGGCGGCGAGCUGAAGCAAAAGCUAACAGAGGAGGAUUUGUUCCUGUAG